AUGGCUUCUGCAACUAUCGUCGCACACGCCCUUCCCCUCCUCCCUGAGGGGUGGUCCGCUGAGAAGGACUUCAAAGCCAUCGGCCAGGUUGCUGCUGCAACCCAGCGCAGUUUGGAGCCCGUUGGCCCUCACUUCCUGGCCCACGCCCGUCGGGCCCGUCACAAGCGCACCUUCUCCGAGGAUGACCGCAUCCAGGCUCAAGAGGCUGCCAAGAAGGUCGAGAACGAUGAUGAUGGCGAAAUCAGCGAGCCUGAGGACGCCAUGAUGCUCCAGCGCGAUGCCAAGGAUUGGAAGAACCAAGACCACUACCAGGUCCUUGGACUCACCAAGUACCGCUGGAAGGCUACGGAGGACCAGAUCAAACGUGCCCACCGCAAGAAGGUCCUCAAGCACCACCCCGAUAAGAAGGCUGCCGCUGGUAUCGUCGACGACGACAAUUUCUUCAAGUGCAUUCAGAAAGCCACCGAGGUUCUGUUGGACCCCACCAAGCGCCAACAGUACGAUUCGGUCGAUGAGAAGGCCGACGUUGACCCUCCCACCAAGAAGCAGCUCGCCAAGGGUAACUUCUACAAGCUGUGGGGCAGUGUCUUCAAGGCUGAAGGCCGCUUCUCCAAGACUCAGCCUGUUCCGCCUUUUGGUGAUGACAAGUCUACCAAGGAGGAAGUUGAGGAGUUCUACAACUUCUGGUACAACUUUGACAGCUGGCGGACGUUCGAAUACCUGGAUGAGGAUGUCCCUGACGACAACGAGAACCGUGACCAGAAGCGCCACACGGAGCGCAAGAACGCUAACGCGCGUAAGAAGAAGAAGGCUGAGGACAACGCCCGUCUCCGCAAGCUGCUCGACGACUGCUCCGCCGGCGACGAGCGCAUCAAGCGUUUCAGACAAGAGGCCAACGCGGCCAAGAACAAAAAGAGAUUAGAAAAGGAGGCUGCCGAGAAGAAGGCCCUCGAGGAGGCUCAGGCCAAGAAAGAGGCUGAUGAGAAGGCUGCCAAGGAGGCAGAGGAGAAGGCCAAGGCUGACAGAGAGACCUCCAAAAAGGCCAAGGAGGCGGCCAAGAACGCUGUCAAGAAGAACAAGCGUGUGCUCAAGGGCUCGGUAAAGGACGCCAAUUACUUUGCUUCUGGCGAGCCUUCGGCCGCCACGAUCGACGCAGUUCUCGGCGACGUCGAGCUCAUUCAGAGCAAGAUUGACCCUGAUGAGAUUGCGGCGCUGGCAGGCAAGCUGAAUGGCCUGAAGGUGGCUGAUGAGAUCAAGGGUGUCUGGAGCGAGGAAGUCAAGAGGCUUGUCGGUGCGGGCAAGCUCAACGAUGGAGACGCGAAGUCCUUGGUGCAGUAA